AUGGCCAGAAGGACAUACUGGGUCUCCGACUCCGCUGGCAGCUUUGUGAACCUCGGGAUGGACCUAGGUGAUGACAUGGUUUCGGGCCUUAGCUAUAAAAUAUGUACUGUCAAGGACGGACCCUGGAGCCAGCAGGAGAGGAAACCUGACACACUGGGGAAAGAGGUUGUCCGCCCUUGUGGGAAAUAUGCCGCUGCCUCCAAAACCAUGAUUCCCAUCCGUCCCAGGCCAAAGUGUCCUAUUCAGCACCCUUUGGAUGAUGCUGGCCUGUUCUCCUACCUCACCUUGUCAUGGCUCACCCCAUUAAUGUUACAAGGCUUACAGUUUCGCUUAGAUGAGAACACCAUUCCACAACUGUCAACACAUGACGCCUCAGACAAAAACGUCAAAAGGCUUCGUCUCCUUUGGGAAGAAGAAGUCUCAAGACGUGGAAUUGAAAAAGCUUCCGUACUUCGCGUGAUGCUGAGGUUCCAAAGAACAAGGGUUUUCAUCCAAGUAUUUGUGGGCUGCUUCUUCUGUGUAGCGAGUGUAUUAGGGCCAGCACUGAUUAUACCAAAGAUCCUGGAAUAUGCCGAGGAACAGUCAGGAAAUGUUGUCUAUGGAGUGGGGCUCUGUGUUUCCCUCUUUCUCACAGAGAGUUUGAAGUCGUUGACUCUGUGCUCAUGUUGGGUCAUCAACCAGCGCACGGGCACAAGGUUUCGCACAGCUGUUUCCGCACUGGCUUUUGAGAAGCUAAUAGAAUUCAAAUCUGUGACCCACUUCUCUGUAGGAAAGGCCAUCAGCUUCUUCACCAGCGAUGUAAACUACCUAUUUGAAAGUUUGUACUAUGGCCCCUUGGCCUUGCUGGCCUGUUUAUCGCUGGUUGCCUGCAGCAUUACCACCUACCACAUUCUUGGACCAACUGCGCUCAUUGCUACUUUCUCCUAUUUGCUGAUUUUUCCACUGGAGGUAUUCCUGGUCACAAAUGUUGUGAAGAUACAGAAUCGCACUGCUGUGGUCACUGACCAGCGCAUCCGUGUGACCAGUGAGAUUCUCUCUUCCAUUAAGCUGAUUAAAAUGUACAUGUGGGAGAAACCAUUUACAGCAAUAAUUACAGAUCUAAGAAACAAGGAAAGGAGACUACUGGAAAAGAGGGGACUAUGCCAGAGCUUGACCACUACUACCUUGGUCAUAUCACCAACAAUGUCCAUAGUAAUAAUGUUCCUCAUCCAUACAGCUUUAAAUUUAAAACUCACACCUACAAUAGCCUUCACUGCAGUAGCCACCCUGAAUCCUUUGCGGCUAUCAGUGUUCUUCACACCCUUCGCAAUCAAAGCCAUUGCAAAUACCACUUCUGCAGCCAACAGGUUCAAGAACAUUUUCCUCCAGAAGAGCCCUGUUCCGUAUGUCCAGGCAUUCAAAGACCCCAGCAAGGCACUGGUUUUGGAAGGGGCCACUUUGUCAUGGAAACAGACCUGCCCUGGGAGUGCCAAUGGAGCCUCGGAGUUGGCGAGGAUUGGACACACUCCUGAUGAGAUGACCAGACCUCAACGCCCUUUAGGUGGCCCCAGGCCAGAGGACAAAGGACAGAGAAUGGGCCCAGAAUUGCGCAAAAUAAAUUUAGUGGUGUCAAAGGGUAUGAUAUUAGGGAUCUGUGGCAAUACGGGUGGUGGCAAGAGCAGCCUGCUAUCAGCCAUCCUGGGAGAGAUGUACUUGCUCGAGGGCUCGGUGGGUGUGCAGGGCAGCCUGGCCUAUGUUCCCCAACAGGCCUGGAUCAUCGGGGAUAGCAUCAGGGAGAACAUCCUCAUGGGAGGCCAGUAUGACAAAGCCUGGUACCUCCAGGUGCUCCAUUGCUGCGCCUUGAAAGGGGAUCUGGAAAUUCUGCCUUUUGGAGACAUGACAGAGAUUGGGGAGUGGGGACUCAACCUCUCUGGAGGGCAAAAACAGAGGAUUAGCCUGGCCAGGGCCGUCUACUCCAAUCGAGAGAUCUACCUGCUUGAUGAUCCUCUGUCAGCAUUGGAUGCCUGUGUGGGAAAACACAUCUUUGAAGAAUGCAUUAAGAAGACGCUCCAAGGGAAGACCAUUGUCCUGGUGACCCAUCAGUUGCAGUAUUUAGAGGUUUGUGACAAGAUCAUUUUGCUAGAAGAUGGGGAAAUCUGUGAAACUGGAACUCAUAAUGAAUUAAUACAGAAGAGGGGGCAAUAUGCCCAACUCAUUCAGAAGAUGCAUGCGGAAUCCACACAGAUUAUGCUGCAAGAUACACAAAAGAUACCAGAGAAGCCACAGAUGGAAGAUCAAGCCCAUGCCAGUUCUAGUGAGGAGCCUCAUAAUGAAAAUGCUGAGUUGCAGAAUCAGCUCACAAAGAAGGAGGAGAUGAAAGAAGGUUCUCUGAGUUGGCGUGUGUACCACUACUACAUCCAGGCAGUCGGAGGUUACAUGGUCUCUUUCAUGCUUUGCCUUCUCAUAGUGAUGAGCAUGUCCCUCAUGACCUUCAACUUCUGGUGGCUGAGCUAUUGGUUGCAGCAGGGAUCAGGGACCAAUGGCAGCCAAGAGAACAAUGGGACCAAUGCAAUUCCAGGUGACCCGCUGGAUAAUCCACAGCUGCCCUUUUACCAGUUGGUCUAUGGCCUCAGUGCCCUGUUCCUGGCCUGCCUGGGGAUCUGCUCCUCAGGGGCUUUCACCAAAGUCACAAGGAAGGCAUCCACAGCGCUGCACAACCAGCUCUUCAGCAAGGUUCUCGGCUACCCCAUGAGUUUCUUUGAUACAACUCCAAUGGGCCGACUCUUGAACUGCUUUGCUGGGGACUUGGAUGAGCUGGACCAGAUCUUGCCCAUGCUUACUGAGGAGUUCCUGCUCUUGGCUCUGUUGGUGAUUUCCAUCCUGUUGAUUAUCAGCUUGCUGUCUCCAUAUGUCCUGGUGAUGGCUGCAUUGUUGAGCAUCAUCGGCCUUGUGUUUUACACGAGGUUCAAAAGGGCCAUCAGCAUGUUCAAGAGAUUGGAGAAUUACAGCCGAUCCCCUUUAUUGUCGCACGUCCUCACCUCUCUGUAUGGCCUGAGCUCCAUCCAUGUCUAUGGAAAAAUGGAAGAGUUUGUCAGCAAGUUUAAAAGGCUGACUGAUGCACAGAGUAACUACCUGCUAAUGUGCCUGUCUGCCACUCGAUGGGUGGCAUUGAGACUUGAGAUCAUGACCAACCUGGUGACCUUGAUGCUAGCCUUGUUCGUGACUUUCGGCGUUUCUUCCACCACCUAUUCCUAUAAAGCCAUGGCUCUCAGCUUUGUCUUGCAGCUGGCAUCCACCUUCCAGUGCACUGCCCGGAUUGGCUCUGAGACAGACGCACACUUCAUGGCUGUGGAGAGGAUACUGCAGUACAUGAAGAUGAGUGAACCUGAGGCUCCUUUGGUCACGGAAGGUGUGAGCUGUCCCCCUGGGUGGCCCCAGCAUGGGGAAAUAAUCUUCCAGGAUUAUCAGAUGAAAUACCGAGUCAAUACUCCAAUUGUCCUUAAAGGCAUCAACCUGACAUUUCGCAGCCAAGAAGUUGUGGGCAUCAUGGGAAGGACGGGCUCUGGGAAGUCCUCCUUGGGAAUGGCUCUCUUUCGCCUUGUGGAGCCCACAGCAGGGCGGAUUCUCAUCGAUGGUGUGGACAUCUGCAGCAUUGGCUUGGAGGCCCUCCGAUCUAAACUCUCAAUUAUCCCUCAAGAUCCCGUCCUGCUCUCUGGAACCAUCAGAUUCAACCUGGAUCCCUUUGACUGCUACACAGAUGAACAGAUCUGGGAUGUCUUGGGAAAGACAUUCCUGACCAAGACAAUCUCAAAAUUUCCACAGAAACUGUUCACAGAAGUUGUAGAAAAUGGAGAAAACUUCUCUGUUGGGCAAAGACAGCUGCUCUGCAUUGCUCGAGCUCUCCUUCGGAACUCCAAGAUCAUCCUUAUUGAUGAAGCCACAGCCUCCAUUGAUCUUGCGACUGAUACCCUGAUUCAGCGCACCAUCCGAGACGCCUUCAAGGGCUGCACAGUGCUGAUCAUUGCACACCGUAUUGCCACUGUGCUGAACUGUGACCGCAUCCUUGUCAUGGGCAAUGGGAAGGUCAUGGAGUUUGACAAACCUGAGGUCCUGCAAAAGAAGCUUGGGUCAUUUGCAGCUCUGCUGUCCACAACCAGUCCUUCCUUGAGCUAA